AUGGAAGAGUUUGUGGUGCAGAAUCUCUUCAAUGGUGAGAGAGAAGCACAGAUUCAGGCUGCUGCUCAACUUGGUAAACUCACUAGUAAGCAAAGGCACAAAUUGGCUGAAAGAGGGAUUAUUUCUCCUUUGAUUUCAAUGCUUCAGUGUCAGGAUUAUGAAGCCAUUGAAGCUGCUCUUUUUGCUUUACUUAGCCUUGCCUUUGGAAGUGAAAGAAACAAGAUUCGGAUAGUGAAAUCUGGGCUUGUACCUGUGCUGUUAGAGCUCCUCCAAUGCCAGAAUGGGACGCUGACUGAGCUCAUAAUAGCUGCUCUCUUGAUCGUCUCUUCUUGUACAGCGAACAAAUUAGCAGUCACAUCUUCUGGUGCUAUUCCAAUCCUUGUUGGAAUCCUCAAUGGAGACUUUGCAAAUAAUGAUGAUGAUGAUACCACAAACACCAUUAGCAUCCAAGCCAAGCUUGAUGCUAUAGCGACACUCCACAAUCUCUCAACUUGUCAUCAGACUAUUCCAUCAAUUGUUGCUUCUAGGGUAGUUUUUACCCUGCUUCAAAUAAUUCACAGCUAUGAAAAAUCAUCACAAUUUGUUGAGAAAGCAAUGGCACUGCUAGAAAAUAUAGUGACUUUAUCAGAGAAUGCACUUCUGCAGACUGCCAGUACAAGUGGGGCAAUUCGAGCUUUGGUCGAGACGAUUGAAGAGGGUUCUCCGCAAUGUAAAGAGCACGCAGUGGUAAUUCUGCUGUUGAUAUGCCAGAGCUGCAGAGAAAAAUACAGAGUACUGAUUUUAAGGGAAGGUGUAAUGCCAGGAUUGCUUCAGUUAAGCGUAGAUGGAACGUGGAGGGCUAAGGAUACAGCUCAAGAACUGUUGCUGCUCCUGAGGGAUUGUUCAUGUUAUGGUUCGAGAAGUAAACAAUCGAAGCAUGAACUUAUAGAGCAGAUCAUGCAAGAAAUUGACGCAGAAGGAGAAACAGUCAUGGGAACAACAACGCUUAGGAUGUUGGAGGAGAUGAUUGCAAAGCUCAGUACGUGAUCCAUAAUUGUUUCUUUCAAAAUUGUGGAAGUUUUGAUCUGCUGGUGCUUAUUUAAAAUAUAGAGAUUAUUUGUAUAUAGGAUUGGGAUUGGCAUUAGGAUUCUUUUGCCAAUUUGGGUGGUACAUUUCACCCUGAUGAUUUCAUACUGAUAUUUAUGCCGAGUGACAUUCAUGGUA